CCUCCAAAAAUCCUAGUACAUCCUAGUUUAUCCUCAAUAUUUCAAAACACUACCAUAGUUUUCGUGACCUCCAUUGGUGUAUUGAAGCGUUUUUUUUUUAUCCGAAACGAAACCGUUCAAAAUAUUUUGGCGCCGUUUUUUUUUUCUACGCUCCCGCCUUUUUUUUUUCGGCCAGAUUUUUUUCUCGCUAUCGGAUGAAUGGAGGAAGAUGACCACUUGACCAGACGAUAACACGAAUCGGCCACUUGACCAGCCGGUUGCGACAAUCAGGGACAUUAUCUAUUUUGGUUCCAGCUGUUCCCAGGUUAGGUAUCGAUCUAUUGAGGUGAUGGGCUACAUUUACUGAUUUAAAUGUUUAACUUAGACUUCUUAAACUUGAAUCUUAAGUAAUUUUACUUAGUAUAGCCAUAUAUAUAUAGAUAUAUUAUGUAGGUUUUGUUUUAUCACUGUUCUUAUUAUGUCACGUAUAAAUGUAGUUUCAAGUAUAAGCCAUAGGCAACAGUUAUUAUGCUCAAGUUUGAGUUGAAAAAGAAAUAGUCACUAUUUAUUUUAAAAUUAAUCAUAAUGCCAAAUCUUUCUAGGUCUAUAAUAUCAAACCUUUCAGGGAGCCAAAUCUUUUUAGGUCUAUAAUAUCAAACCUUUCAGGGAGCCAAAUCUUUUUAGGUCUAUAAUAUCAAACUUUUCAGGGAGCCAAAUCUUUCUAGGUCUAUAAUAUCAAACCUUUCAUGGAGCCAAAUCUUUCUACGAUUAAGUAUUUUCUGUAUAAUACCAGGUCAUUCUCUGAAACGUAAUCGUUCUAUGUUAGUAUUGCAUUUGAUUUAUACAGAGACAUGUUGGCGGUCAAGGUCAAGGUGAUGGUUGAACUGAACCUUCAAUCCCAUGCAUCUUUGGAUAGCUUCCCCUGUUGACGACUCUUUCUUCCAUGGAGCUGGUUUAUACAGAUAAGGAAAUCAAUGCCUGCUGACAAAGUAGUUUCUGUCACCAUGAGGAUAAUAUAAUGCAGCCACUAAGUUUGAUGUUAUGUUUUCAUUAUUCGAUGUGGAUACUGUGGAAGUAUUUGCUGCAGUGUUGUGAUAGAGUGUGUUCCAAAAAAAAAAUAAAUAUAUAUCGGACAACUUUAAAAAGAUAUGUGUAAAAAGUUUAAGAGCAAUUGUGUUGCCAUAGCAACCCACGCAUUUCAUACGUUUGUAAAGGGGAAACUGGAUUAGAGGCUAUCGCUCCUUCAAGUCUUGAAGUACGGCCUCACUGUUUAUCGCGACAGUGUCUGCCUUUAAAAGUGAUGGUUCCGAGGAUACGAAGCUGUAGCUUUAAGACCAGCGCCCAGACUGAGAUUAGGAUGACGCCACGGAGUCUGCUCUUACAGAUCCACUUCUCGCUUUGGUCUACAGGUUGUCAUGAAGUCCAUCAUCCGAGCUAUGGCUCCUCUGUUGCAAGUUUGUUUGCUUGUACUCUUCACUAUUCUCAUCUUCGCUAUAAUUGGUUUGGAGUUUUACAAUGGAAUAUUUCACAAUGCUUGCUUUAAAUUAGGAGUCCUUUCCUUUACAGAGGAAAAUAUAGAUCUUGGUGACGAGUCAGAAAUACGUCCCUGUUCACCAGAUAGCUCAUCAGGGUUUCAGUGCCAGGCAAAUAUCUCCAACUGCUCAGCUGGCUGGGAGGGCCCCAACAAUGGCAUCACAAACUUUGAUAAUAUUGGCUUUGCAAUGCUUACAGUGUUUCAAUGUAUUACAAAGGAAGGAUGGACAGAUGUCAUGUAUUAUGCCAAUGAUGCAUUAGGAGGCAGCUAUAAUUUCCUGUAUUUUGUACCUCUAGUCAUUAUAGGUUCUUUUUUUAUGCUAAAUCUUGUGCUUGGUGUGCUAAGUGGAGAGUUUGCCCGAGUCAGAGAAAGGGUAGAGAAUCGUAGAGCAUUUUUCAAGCUUCGCAGGCAGCAAGAAAUUGAAAGAGAGUUGGAUGGAUACUUUGACUGGAUUUGUGCUGCUGAGGAGAUAAUACUCAAUGAAGACAAAGUUCCUCAAGAAGAAAAAAUAAAAAUUUUCAAAGCUAGAAAAUCUGCUUUAGCCAGAAAGUUACAAAAACUGCGAGCUGAAGGCAAUGGGGAACAAGUUGACAGUGAUUUCUCUGUUGUCAUUUCACCAGAUGUCACUUAUAAUGGAAAGAAUGCUAAAAAGAGAAAAUCCAGUAGUAAACGUACAGCUUUUUGGCAGGCUGAGAAAAAAUUGAGAUUUUUAUUACGUCACAUGAUCAAAAGUCAAGGAUUUUAUUGGACAGUCAUAGUCCUUGUGUUUCUCAAUACCAUCACUGUAGCUUCAGAGCAUUACAAUCAGCCAUAUUGGUACUCUCAGUUUUUGUAUUAUUCAGAAUUUGUGUUUCUUGGAAUAUUCAUGCUGGAAAUGUUUAUCAAGAUGUACGCACUGGGUUUUAAAAUUUAUUUUCGCUCAGCGUUCAACAAAUUUGACUGUAUUGUAAUUUUUGGUAGCACUUUUGAAGUUAUUUGGUCAGAGUUUAAGAAAGGAUCAUCAUUUGGUAUUAGUGUAUUGAGAGCUCUUCGAUUGCUCAGGAUUUUCAAAGUUACUAGAUAUUGGUCGUCCUUGAGGAACCUAGUCGUCUCCCUGCUCAGUAGUAUCAAGUCUAUCCUCAGUUUACUGUUUCUCUUGUUUCUGUUCAUAGUUAUCUUCUCUUUGCUGGGCAUGCAGCUGUUUGGAGGAAACAUGAACUUUGAUGAUGGACGCCCUUCUUCAAAUUUUGAUACAUUUCCGAUUGCCUUACUGACAGUAUUUCAGAUCCUGACUGGAGCAGACUGGAAUGAAGUCAUGUAUAAUGGUAUUAAUGCUCAAGGUGGAGUAGAGGGUCAAGGAAUGUUCUAUUCAAUUUACUUUGUGGUCCUCACAUUAUUUGGUAGUUAUACAUUGUUGAAUGUGUUUUUAGCCAUCGCUGUUGACAACCUGGCAAAUGCCCAGGAGCUGACUGCUGCUGAAGAAGCACAAGAAAAAAAGGAGGCUGAUAGACGUGAAGAGAUUGAACAACAGUUGGCAGCUGCGGCUGCUUCUGAUGAUAACAACUCUGCUGCCAACUUGGAACAAAACAGAGUGGACAUUAACUUGGCACAAGACAAAGUUGACACAAAGUUAGCCAAUGUUGACACCCUUGCAAAACGUGCCAAAAAUCAGAAUGAACCUGGAGUGUUGGCCAAAGCAUCUGUUAGGUUUAACAAAGCUAUCAAUAUAUUCAGUGGUAAACCAAUUAUUUUAACAGAGAUUAAGCCACCCAAUGGUGACAACCAGACUGGAGGUUUUAAUGAACCAAGACCAAUGUCGCCAUAUAGUUCCAUGUUUAUAUUUGGUCCUACCAAUCUAUUUCGUCGUUUCUGUCACUUUAUUAUAAACCUGCGCUACUUUGACCUGUUCAUCAUGAUUGUUAUAUGUGCCAGUUCUGUCACCCUGGCAGCUGAGGAUCCUGUGAGAGAAGACUCGUACAGAAAUUCUAUUCUGAAUUAUUUUGAUUACAUCUUCACUGGUGUCUUCACUGUGGAGCUGAUUUUGAAGGUGAUAGAUCUUGGAGUCAUGCUCCACCCAGGCUCCUACAUGAGAGACCUCUGGAAUAUACUGGAUGCUACUGUUGUUGUAUGUGCUUUAGUUGCCUUUAUUUUCAGUGAUAGUGCUGGUAAAAAUCUGAACACAAUUAAAUCACUUCGAGUCCUAAGAGUUUUGAGACCUUUGAAGACUAUCAAAAGAGUUCCUAAAUUAAAGGCCGUGUUUGACUGUGUGGUCAACUCACUAAAGAAUGUCUCCAACAUAUUGGUAGUCUACCUUCUCUUUCAAUUCAUAUUUGCAGCCAUUGCUGUUCAGCUGUUUAAAGGGACAUUCUUUUAUUGUACCGAUGAGACUAAGCUUACAAGAGAUGAUUGCCAGGGGCAGUUUCUAGAUUACAGUGAAGGCUAUGACAACCCACUUAUAAAGGACAGAGAAUGGCUUCAACAAGAUUUUUGUUAUGACAACAUAUUGCUGUCAAUGUUAGCUUUGUUUACUGUGACUACAGGAGAUGGCUGGCCUGACAUCUUAAAAAAUUCAAUGGCCUCAACUUAUGAAGAUCAAGGGCCACAACCUGGAUUUCGUCUGGAAAUGUCCAUUUUUUAUAUCAUCUUCUUCAUCAUCUUCCCAUUUUUCUUUGUGAACAUCUUUGUUGCCCUGAUCAUCAUCACCUUCCAAGAACAAGGAGAGAAUGAGCUGAUAGACCAAGAUCUGGAUAAGAAUCAGAAACAAUGCAUAGACUUUGCUAUCAAUGCCAAGCCACAAAGUCGAUUUAUACCCAGCAACAAACAUUCAAUCAAGUAUAAAAUCUGGCAACUGGUCCAGUCUUCUAAAUUUGAUUAUGUCAUGAUGGGCUUGAUCGUUUUGAACACUGUGGUCUUAAUGAUGAAGUACUAUGGUCAGUCAGAUAAUUUUAAAAGCAUUCUUUCCUACCUGAAUGCUGGCUUCACUGCUGUCUUCACUAUUGAGUGCAUACUCAAACUAAUAGGCAUAGGGAUACGAAACUAUUUCCGUGAUCCUUGGAAUGCAUUUGAUUUCAUUACAGUCCUAGGAAGUAUUAUAGAUGUCAUCCUGACCAGUGUCAAUUCUAAACAGUUCAGUUUUGGAUUUUUCCGAUUAUUCAGAGCUGCUAGAUUGGUCAAGUUGCUACGUCAAGGCUACACAAUUCGUUUACUGUUGUGGACUUUCUUUCAGUCCUUCAAGGCCUUGCCUUAUGUGUGCCUCCUCAUCCUGAUGCUGUUUUUCAUCUAUGCCAUUGUCGGUAUGCAGAUAUUUGGCACACUUCUACUUGACCCAUCGUCUGAGAUCAACAGACAUAACCAUUUCAGGGACUUUUUCUCUGCAUUACUCUUGCUAUUCAGGAGCUGUACUGGGGAGUCUUGGAACCAGAUAAUGCUUUCAGGUUUGAGCGGGAAACCAUGUGACCCUGAAUCUCUACGACCAAAUGACCCUCCAGAACAGGCUCUGUCAGGAUGCGGCACAGACCUUUCCUAUAUAUACUUUGUCUCUUUUGUCUUUCUGAGUACAUUUUUGAUGCUGAACUUAUUUAUAGCUGUUAUAAUGGACAACUUUGACUACUUGACUAGAGACUCCUCUAUUCUAGGAUCUCAUCAUCUGGAUGAAUUUGUCAGAGUCUGGUCAAUGUAUGAUCCUCAGGCUUCAGGUAGGAUCCUCUAUACAGAAAUGUAUGAAAUGUUGAGGACCAUGGAGCCUCCAGUUGGGUUUGGCAAGAAAUGUCCCUAUAAAUUGGCUUACAGGAAACUGAUCAGAAUGAACAUGCCAGUAGAUGAGAAUGGAACUGUUCACUUCACAACAACUUUGUUUGCACUCAUUAGAGAAUGUCUUAACAUCAAAAUGGGACCAGCUUUGACCAUGGACAAAAAUGAUGAAGAACUGAGAAAAACUCUCCGCAAGCUUUGGCCGGUCCAAAGCAAGAAAAUGAUGAAUUUAUUGAUGCCACCUACUGAUGAGGUUAAAGAAGGUAAAAUGUCAGUAGGUAAAAUUUAUGCUGGAUUAUUGAUAGCAGACAACUGGAAGGCUUUUAAAUCAAAUGGCCGAGUAUCUAAUGUUACUCAACCAGUCUCUCAAGCCAAGCGACCAUCAUUAUUUCAACGCUUGUUAUCAAGGAGGAAGUCUUCAUCUGCCCAGUCGACAAAGUCUAUAACUUCCGACCAUUCUAUCGAUGCUGGUCAGAGCAUUGACAAAAGUAGAUUGAGCAGAAGUCCUUCUUUCAAUGUCCUCAAAAGAAACUCUAGCCAACGAAGUACAGCCCAGGACAACAUGACCGUGUCAUAUGUGCAGGCACAUUAUAGCCCUGCUUAUGGUGGGUAUUUGAAUGACUCUUUUGAGCAUGAUGACUUUAACAACAACAGCAGUCGAGACAAUCAAGCUAAGUUGUACCCCAGCCAGCGAGGCUUGGACUUUUCAAGUGGUCUUCGACCAGAGCAUGCUUCUGUAAUUGUUGGCAGAGCAGAGUAUGGAAGGCCACCAUUGGGAGCCUCCAGUCCUUUCAGCUCACCAAGAGUUUCACCCAUACCUCUCUUACAGUAUGACCAGGACAUCUUCAAAAGAUAUGGUCUUCAUGAGGACAGCACCUCUUCAUCAUCACCAGUAUUUCAAGCUAGGUCAAGACAAAACUUGCGGCAGAUUAAAUCUCAGCCUAGGGUUAAAAACUUGAGAGAUUCUGGAUUUUAUGGAUCAACCUCUGUAGAAACUCCUCGCAGCCAGUCUCCUGAUUUAGCUGCAUCACCGCCACUUGUUAGUAGGUCUGCUGUUUUCCGUCAGAGAUCACAGUCACCGAUACUUUCAACAAUAGCUGUUAAUCCCCCCAUGGCCAAGCGACCACACCGUCGAUUGCCAGCUCCUCCGUCACCCAUCAGUAGCAGUGGAAGUGGGACAACAUCAUCAUCGUCUAAGCCUUUAAACAUUAUGCCUUUUGUGCCUGGGUACAGAAGUGCUGCAUCAAAAGAUUCUACCCAUGCAUCUACUUCAAAGAGACCAAGAGAGGAUAAUUUACCAGGGCACAAGGUGCCUUACACACAUGCAAACAAGCCUGCUACACCCUCACAUUCUGGUACAUCUGCCAAACAAUCUGAGCGCAAGCAUAGAGUAUUGCCAUCUCCUUACAGAACUAGUGGUCACUCUCUAGAACCUGAACAACGAGGUAGAAGCGCCAAAAACAUUCAGUCACUAACAAAGCCAGCGGCCAGGCCAUCAUCUGACACUCAGAGGCAAAGUAUCAGCCAGCACCGUGAUAUACCUUUGACAGCCCGCCAGGCAGAUGGGCGUGUAGUUCAGUUAAGAGCUAGAGGCUUGCCUCAGCAUAAGAAAGCAAAAUAUGAAAUAAGAAGUGACAGUCAAACAGCUUUGCAAGAUGAUUCUGAUGAAGAUGAUGAUGAUUGGUGCUAAUUGUAUUCUUAAUGUGCUUUAAAUAUACUCAAUCUGUUGAUUAUUUUUUUCUAUCCUUUAUUGCCUUUAUAAAAUAAAAAGUAUGUGUCUUUUUCAUUAUGUAAUCUGAAACUCAAAGGUAGUUUUGAUGAGACUUUGAUCCUUUGAACUCUCCUGUGUUCCAAUCUCUUCAUCUACAUGACGAUGAGCCACACAUUUAUACUUUGCAAAUGCCUUAAGUUCUAAGUGAUUUAUAGAAGCCAUUUCUUUUUUUAAGUAACGUCUGUAUUAUAUAAGAUAAGAUUCAAAAUCAUACAUUUGUUAAGAACAAGGCUGUGAAUGAACAAUAAUUCCAUGUUUUGUCAACUGUACAUCAGGUUAACUCUUCGAUAUAGUUUGUACAAGUCAAUCUAAAAAGGCAAUAAUAAGUUUAAAGUUACUGUUCUAUCUUUUUUUAAGUAAAAUCUAACUGUACACAUCUUCUGUAGACAAUAGCUUUGUCUGUAUCAGGUGUGACAAAAUAUGCAGGUUGCAAUUGGGUAGUCCUGUGAAAUGCUUGACUUGUUUGAUCUUUGGACUCGAAGACAUUGCCUUGUGUAAUAAUAUCCUGGUGCUAGUGGUUCAAAAUAUUUCUUCAACGGCAUUUCACAAAAUGUACAAGUUAAUUAAUUAUUGUCAUGCUUUAUUAUGGCAAUUAUAAUGUCUCUUAGAUAAAAUGUUUCUAUUUAUUUAUUCUAUGAAUAAGACCACUACAUUUAUUGAUAUUAAUACCACUUUUUUCAACUCACAAUGUGAACUUGAAUGAUGCACAGUGUAGUCUUAUACAGGCUGCCAAGUCAUUUUAAUUUCAUUGAUAGGCCUACAAAAUGUUUUAAUGUCAUUUUAAAUUGCUUUCAUUGCUUGCAUAUUUCUUAAAAAUGAAAAUGCAAAAUUUCUGACUUGAUUUGUUAGUUGUUCUCUUUUUAAAUGUGAACCAUUUGAUAAAUUGUAUUCAAAGAAGAAAGCAGAUCACUAGCCCAGAUCAUCCAAUUAAAUUUUUUGCUAAAUUCUGGAACAAAACUUUUAAAAGCCCAUUUUAUUAUAAAAACUCAUAGAACACUUGAUACUUGAUCAGUUCUAAAAAUACAAAGAGUAAUUUUUUUCCCAUUGCUGUGAAUUUGAUUUUUUGAAAUUGUAUAAUACAUGCUUUUUUUUCAGGGACCUAUUUUUAACUUAGUUUUAAGAUGAAUUUAAAUCUUCUAGCAAAUGAUGGCUGGCCAAUUUGCAAAGAUUUUUUUUUUACUACGGUAAGAACCUAAUCAAAUUGAUUAUAACUGUGAUGCAUUAUUUCCAUUUUUUUUUGUUUUGCACAACCUCCUCCAUUACGAAAUCAAUUCUUAGCGAGCAGUUAGAGGUUUGCGAUCUCUGGUUAAAAUUUCAUUUUAUGUAGAGAUUUACUUGACUUUGAUUUCAUGCUAGUACUUAUGACACAGUGUGAAUCCAUUUCAAAGUUCAUUGACUUAAAAGAUAAUUAAAUUCAGUAAAAAAAAAUAUUUUUGGAGGCUUUUUGUUUGAAUGAGUUAAAAAGUAG